GCGGCGGCGGCGGCGGUGGCGGCGGUGGCGGCGGCGGUGGCGCUGGGCGUUUUAACUCAAAUGGGUGAUGAAAAGGACUCUUGGAAAGUGAAAACUUUAGAUGAAAUUCUCCAGGAAAAGAAACGAAGGAAGGAACAAGAGGAGAAAGCAGAGAUAAAACGCUUAAAAAAUUCUGAUGACCGGGAUUCCAAACGGGAUUCCCUUGAGGAGGGGGAGCUGAGAGAUCACCGCAUGGAGAUUACAAUCAGAAACUCACCAUACCGWCGUGAGGAUUCUAUGGAAGACAGGUGAGAAUGCAAAGUCAUUAGGAGCAAGAGUGAGCAGACUGGGGAGUACUCUACAUGAACGAGGUCUUGACCUCACAGUUACCUGAAAAGCCUGUUUUUUCAUGACACCUAUCAUUUCCUCUCAGGGAAGCAUGCUAGAGUGAAAGAAAAGGAAAGAGAACACGAGCGUCGGAAACGCCAUCGAGAAGAACAGGAUAAAGCUCGCCGGGAAUGGGAGAGACAGAAGCGGAGAGAGCUGGCUCGAGAGCAUUCCAGGAGAGAGAGGGACCGCCUGGAGCAGUUAGAGAGGAAGAGGGAGCGGGAGCGCAAGCUGAGGGAGCAGCAGAAGGAGCAGCGGGAGCAGAAGGAGCGGGAGCGGAGGGCCGAGGAGCGGCGCAAGGAGCGAGAGGCCCGAAGGGAAGUCUCUGCACACCAUCGCACAGUGCGGGAAGACCACAGCGACAAGGGGAAGGCCAGCCACUGGAGCCGCAGCCCGUCACGGCCACCGAGGGAACGCUUCGAGCUUGGAGACGGCAGGAAGCCAGUGAAAGAAGAGAAAAUGGAAGAAAGAGACCUGCUGUCUGACCUCCAGGACAUCAGUGACAGCGAGAGGAAAACGAGCUCAGCUGAGUCCUCGUCAGCAGAAUCAGGUUCAGGCUCAGAGGAGGAGGAAGAAGAGGAAGAAGAGGAAGAGGAGGAGGAAGGGAGCACCAGUGAGGAGUCAGAGGAGGAGGAGGAGGAGGAAGAGGAGGAGGAGGAAGAGGAGACUGGGAGCAACUCUGAGGAGGCAUCCGAGCAGUCUGCAGAGGAAGUGAGCGAUGAAGARAUGAGUGACGAGGAAGAGCGAGGAGAGGAGAACCACGUCCUGGUUGUUCCAGAGUCACGAUUUGACCGAGAUUCCGGGGAUAGUGAAGAAGGGGAGGAAGAAGUGGGUGAGGGGACCCCACAGAGCAGCGCCCCAACGGAAGGGGACUACGUGCCUGACUCCCCAGCUCUAUCGCCUAUUGAGCUCAAGCAGGAGUUGCCCAAGUACCUGCCAGCCCUACAGGGCUGCCGGAGUGUGGAAGAGUUCCAGUGUCUCAACAGGAUUGAAGAAGGUACCUAUGGUGUGGUCUACAGAGCCAAGGACAAGAAAACAGAUGAAAUUGUGGCUCUGAAGCGGUUGAAGAUGGARAAGGAGAAGGAGGGCUUCCCAAUCACAUCUCUGAGGGAGAUCAACACCAUCCUCAAAGCCCAGCACCCCAACAUYGUCACUGUUAGGGAGAUCGUGGUGGGCAGCAACAUGGACAAGAUCUAUAUUGUCAUGAACUAUGUGGAGCAUGACCUCAAGAGCCUCAUGGAGACCAUGAAGCAGCCGUUCCUGCCAGGGGAGGUAAAGACCCUGAUGAUCCAGCUGCUACGUGGAGUGAAGCAUUUGCAUGACAACUGGAUCCUGCACCGGGACCUCAAGACGUCCAACCUGUUGCUGAGCCACGCCGGCAUCCUCAAGGUGGGUGACUUUGGGCUGGCUCGGGAGUAUGGGUCGCCCCUGAAAGCCUACACCCCGGUCGUGGUGACCCUGUGGUACCGGGCCCCAGAGCUGCUGCUUGGUGCCAAGGAAUACUCCACAGCUGUCGACAUGUGGUCAGUGGGCUGCAUCUUCGGAGAGUUGCUAACACAGAAGCCCCUGUUCCCUGGGAAGUCGGAAAUUGAUCAGAUCAACAAGGUGUUUAAGGACCUGGGGACACCUAGUGAGAAGAUCUGGCCUGGCUACAAUGACCUCCCGGCUGUCAAGAAGAUGACCUUCAGUGAACAUCCCUACAACAACCUUCGCAAGCGCUUUGGGGCCUUGCUCUCAGACCAGGGCUUCGACCUCAUGAACAAGUUCUUGACCUACUUUCCCGGGAGGAGGAUCAAUGCUGAAGAUGGCCUCAAGCACGAAUAUUUCCGCGAGACYCCUCUCCCCAUUGACCCCUCGAUGUUCCCCACAUGGCCUGCCAAGAGCGAGCAGCAGAGGGUGAAGCGGGGCACGAGCCCCCGGCCCCCUGAGGGUGGCCUGGGCUACAGCCAGCUGGGGGACGAUGACCUGAAGGAGACGGGCUUCCACCUCACCACCACCAACCAGGGGGCUUCGGCUGCAGGCCCUGGCUUCAGCCUCAAGUUCUGAAGCUCUGCAGCCUGGCUGGUGGUAAGGACCCAGACCUCAGCCAGGGCUGACCCCAGGCUGGGAGCACCUCCUCUCACUUGGCUUCCACGUGGUGAUUUUUAUAUUAUUUUCAUUUGUACAUUUGUAGAAUUAAAUUGCAUUUUCCUUG